AUGGCUGACAAGGAAAAAACCUCCAAGUCAGAGGCGGAGGAGAAGCAGCCUUCAGGCCGUCAGUCUCCUGCCACGCUCACGGUGCCUUCUCAACAAUCCGCUCCCAAAGAAAAGGCCUCUGGCUCAAUUCAAGAACGAAGCUCAUGCCAAACCUCACCAGCUCGCCUGCCAACGGAGCUCUCGAUCAAUACGAGGUUCACUAGGGAACAUGCCUACUUCGAGGUAACGUGGCCAGAGGCUCAUUUGGAUCACCAUUAUUUUACAAACAACAUCCACGAAAAGGAAGCUCACCACGUGCUCUCAGCCAAGCUAAUGCUCAGUCGUCUCAGGCGCAACCUCAGUGGAGCAUCCUCAUCUCACAUAGUCUCACGUGAUCCGGAACCACAAGCACACUCACGGCUUCCGGAUAUUAAGUUGCCAAAAUUCAACGGUGACUAUGCGAACUGGCCUUCCUUCCGUGAGCUGUUUUCUGCGGUAAUUCUACAACAUGCGAAGCUCAAUGAUGUGGAGAAGCUCCAUUAUCUCAGAAGUUGUGUUCAGGGUCCAGCCGAGCAACUCAUCCGUGGCCUGCCUCUCACCAGAGACUCUCUCCAACCAUCAUGGGAUCUGCUCACCUCAAGGUAUGAGAAUAAGAGACUAAUCAUGCAAUCUCACCUUGACAAUCUCUUCAGCCUCGCUCACGCUUCAUCAAAGAGCGCCGCCUCACUCACCAAGCUAAUCUCAACGGUCUCUGAGGCAAAUAAGGCCCUCCACUCACUGGGAAUGACGGAGUACAUGUGGGAUUGCUUCCUAGUUCACCAUGUGUCACGCUUCCUUGACCGAGACACAAGAGAGGCAUGGGAAACGUCGUUGGGAUCCUCUCAAGAAUAUCCUCGCUUUGCUCAAUUUGAGACCUUCUUGAAUGCUAGAGCGAAAGCACUGGAGAGACUUGAAAUCACACCAGCUCAAUUAGCCAGCCCAUCGAAGGCCACACCAAGCUCGUUCAAAUCAUCUGUGAAGAAGGCGACCGCUCACCAAGUGACAGCUCAAGCACAGACUCAAUCAUCCUCGUCGACAACUUACCCAUGCGACAUGUGCAAUGGGCAGCACUUCAUCGUCACGUGCACAAAGUUUAGAGAUCUCACGCCAGCUCAACGAAAGACUACUGCGAUUGACAAGAGGCUAUGCUUCAAUUGUCUGGGGCGACAUAAUGAAGUUGGUGCAAUCGUCGAGGAAUCUGCUCAAGGGUACUCAGAAUAUUCAACGCUAUUGGCAACUGCAUUAGCGCACAUCCACUCAUCUGCCUCAACUCAUCAAGUUCGGCUACUCAUCGAUCAAGGAUCUGAACUCACCUUCAUCACGGAAGGUCUCAUCAGACAGCUCAACAUACAACGUCGCCAUUCAACGAUUUCAAUCAUUGGCAUUGGUGGAACUACUCAAACGAAGGGUGUUGUCACACUCACUCUUCACUCCAAUCAUUCAAAGCACACUGCCAAGAUACAAGCGCAUGUUUUAAAAACACUGACGACAAUUCUACCAUCAUUUGAAGCGCCUCAACAAUCGUGGCCACACAUUGAGAAGUUGAAAUUGGCAGAUCCACAAUUUCUCAUUCCACGUACAAUCGAUCUCAUCAUUGGAGCAGAUGCAUACGGGCAGAUCAUCAAGCCCAACAUUAUCAAGCAAUCUCCUGAGAUGCCAAUCGCACAGCUGUCUAUAUUCGGCUGGUUGAUACUUGGUCCCAUACUCUCAUCAUCAUCACAUCCAUUGACUGCACAUCACAUCAAGAUUCAACGACAUGACUCAGAUCUUCAAGAAUUGUUGACAAAGUUUUGGAUGCAAGAAAAAUUGCCAGCUGAUCAUACGACACAACUCACACUUGAAGAACAACAAUGUGAGGAUCACUUCAAGGCCACUCACUCUCGAGACUCAACGGGACGGUACAUUGUACGCAUACCACUCAAGCUCUCCGCCAGUGUCUUAGGCAACUCAUACAACACAGCUCAUCAUUGUCUUCAGCGAACUCUCAGACGACUCAACAAGGACAGGGAAUACCAGAGCCUUUACACCAAGUUCAUGACUGAAUAUGAACAACUCAAUCACAUGGUGAAAGUCACAUCAGAACCCUCAGGGAAUGUGGCGCCAUACUAUCUAUCUCAUCAUGGCGUACUCAAACCCGACAGCACAACAACGAAGCUUCGGGUCGUUUUCAAUGGCUCGAGUCCAGCUUCAUCAGGAUAUUCAGUGUGA